AUGGAAAAAUUGGAAAAUUACAUCGUAGACAUUUCAGGAAUAGAUUGUAACCAAUUACAUUUCUUUGAUGAAUCGUCGGUAGUUGUAACGAGCGGAAAGAGACGUCGUGGGCACAGUGCAAUAGGCACUCCAGCAAUCGAAGUACAACGAUAUGCUUCGAAUGCCACAUAUACUGUGAAUCUGCUACAUAACAUCCGUGGAGUAUCUCAUUUCAAUAUUCUAAGAGGCCCAUCAAACGGUUUGGAAUUGCUAAACUUCUUCGAAGAAGCUCUCGAGCAAGAAAACGUAUUUGAAAACCCUGUUAUAAAAGAACAUGAUAUGUUUGCGAUGUUACUCUGAGUGCAUAUCCACACCGGGCGAGCUUGAAAAAUAUGCCCGGCCAUGGUGGGAUUCGAACCUACAACCUUUGGAAUACUAGCCCAAUGCUCUUCCAACUGAGCUACGCGGUCAGGACCUUUGGAAUACUAGCCCAAUGCUCUUCCAACUGAGCUACGGGGUCAGGACAGUAACAUCGCAAACAUAUUAUUCACAACACCAACACAGAAAUAAAAUUCAAAGAACAUGAUGUUAUAAUAAUGGAUAACUGCGGUUUUCAUCAUGGCAAUAACGUAGAACUGCCUUUACGAGAUAUGCUACAACAGAGACAUGUUCAGUUGUUUUAUCAACCACCUUACCAUCCAUGUUAUAAUAUGUGUAAAGCAUGUUUCAAUCACAUAAAGACCACACUGCGUCGCUAUUCAAGAUACACUGAGAAAUAUACGGAGUUGUGCAUUUCUGAUGCAAUAGGAAUGAUAAAUGAGGGUCUGUCAAGACAGUUCUUCAAGUUUUGUGGCUACAUAUAACAAUUUUUCGUGGCAGUAUAUAUAUAUCUAAUCAGUAUUAAAGAUAUAUUGUAAAUAUUAUUUAAAAAUUAUAAAGUAAGGCAUGCCCAGUGUGUUUUUUUUUAGAGGUACUCUGUGUCAGCAAAUUUAUUCUAAUUUAUAUUAUAUGCAGGGGAGCAGAAAGGUAAGAAAAAUGCAUUUGCCGAACAGCCAAAUACUCUAUUAUCAUUACGACUACACGUAAUUCCAUACAAAAUUCCCAUGUAACAAAUCUUUGUUAACUUAAAAUUUAUAGUUUGACCUUGGUUCAAGUCAAAUUUCUGAACCUGACCUUUCGUAGCAAAAAACAUUCUUUUAGCGCAAAAAUCUGUUAUUUGUAUCAUAUGGAUGGGUGCGCAUGGAUAAUUCUAUUGAAUGAUGUAGGUUUUAUUGCUUUCACCGUGAACAAAAUUUCCAUAUAACAAAACUUUGUUUACCCCCUCAAAUCAUCCAUGUUCAACCCUCUCCACCAGAGAAAAAAGAGAAUUUGUCGAGAACAACUUUUCCUAGUGUGGACUCAGGCUGUUUUGCUUUGAACUUCGCAAUUUCUGCACAUUCGCAUGUAAAUUGACAGCAUUUUUUUAACCUUAAUUUUUCAUAUACCAUGCAAUCAACGAACUAACCAAACUACAUAAAUGCACAACAACCUAUUUAUUACGAUACCAUCCAAAAAAAACGAGGUACACUAUACCAGCAAUGAAUACCGCCAAUAUAUCAAUUACAACAAUAAAAUACAUAAUUUUUUUAAAUAAAUUCUGCAAUCCGAUGCGCGCCAAUAUAGUACUUAUGUAAAUCUGAUGAUACAAAACACAAAUGCAAAACUUAACCAAUACGAACUCAACUUGUAGUAUUACAUGUAUAACCACAGUAGAAGUAUGUACAGCUGCAACGUCAGCUGUAACUUUGGCAGGUUCUUCGGAAUAACUUACUGAGGACUUACUUUUGCCCGAUUGUUUAUUCUUACAGCUUUUUUUUUACGUUUUUCGCUCAACCUACUAGCGAACAUGUUUCACUUCCUCUUGUGCUUGAAAAGAGAUUUGCUGUGACUUAUUGUCAAGUGAUCACCAAUGAGCUCCAUAUAUAAUACGGAACAACCAAACUCAAGGCCAACAUUUUAGUUAAAGGACCACAAAGAGGGCAUGAAGAGGGGGCUGCAGGGGGAAGGCAUUUUGCCCUGGGUCCCCCCAUUCGAAAAAGAGCCCCCAAAUGUGAUGAAAAGCUUUGAAAUAUCUUGAUUCAAGAUUGCUUAACAGAGAAUAUAAAUCCUAGCUGCAUCAGUGCCUGACAAAAUAAAGUAUAAAUAUUGCAAAACACUGUUUCUCCAUUUUACAAUUAUGAUAGAGUGCCCCUAGGAAAUUUUGAAAAUAUUCGUACUGUUUGGAAUUCGUAGUGACUUCACUUUGCAGUUCAUGAGUACAGCUCAAUAAUUCUUGUAUGUUACUGUUUUCAGACUUCUACAAUAGACAAUUGUUACAUAAUAAAUUAGAUCAGGUAGCUCAAGUUGACACCUGAGUAGGCAUCUUGUUACUGUCAAGUGUGACCCUCAUGAAAUAAAUUUUUAAUAAUAAUAAUAAUAACAAUGAUUGUAAUGUAUUGCUUUUUUCAGAUUGUUGUACCUAAAGACUACCAGUUAUGCCAUGAGACAAAACAAUUGCAACUGAAUUUAAUACUUAGAACUAGGCAGUUUACGCCGGAAUUGAAAAAACGGAUUGAGAAAAACAACUAUGUUUGUGAGCAUUCAGGCUUAAAAUGACUUUUAAGCCUGAAUGCAUUAUAGAAUGUAAGUAUUUCUGUUGAAUUUUGUGCAUGUUAUUAAUCACUAUUAUUAGAACAAAGGGCUAUUCAUGAAUAUUAAAAUUGACUUUUAACAGGAUUCCAAAUGGAAAAUUUUGGUUACUGGUAGCAUUCCAAUGGAGAAUUUACCAACGAAGAGCCAUGAUGUUAUGAGUAAAAAGGAGCGCAGAACUUUGGUGAGAUCACGCAUUGUACAAUGUGUUGCCAGCUGAAAUAAUAAGUAUUCAAGAUCUUCAUAUGCAGCUUGACAAAAUUGAUAUUCUGCCAUGGACAGUGAAUGAUAUUGAUUCAGAUCAUGAAACCUUGAAAUUAGAAUUUUACGAUGGAGCCCAUGGCAUUGCAAAAUUCACAGUUACAGUCAAAGCAGGGCUAGAUUUCACUGUCUUUGUUUAUCAUUGGCCUAUCCCUGAUAACCAUCGUUAUAUUUACACUCAGGACAAGAGAUUACUCAAUAGUAUAGAAUGUGUUAACAGAUUUCUUAACUCAAUUGACAAUUCCAACCUUUGUAAUGGAGUGCCAAAAGAAUUUAAUUCUGUUGCUGUGGAUCCUACAUGGGAUUAA